AUGAAGCAGCCUCUUGGAGAUAUGAGUCCUUGGCAUCCAGAUAAUCAUAUGGAUCCUGAACCUCCGACCAAAAGACGAAGGUUUCUUGCCGACCCCGACGAAGCUUCCUCCGACCCAGUCGCUCAUGACAGCUCCCCGCUACCGCCACCAAAACGGUUCUUCAAGGGUGAAGACGAAACAGUCCCAAAAACCGAACGAUUGGAAACAAUAACCGAGAAACCGAACAAUGUACCACCGAAAUCAUCUUCUACGGAGCCUCCAACGUCCCAGCAAGAGCCAUCAGCAUCCUUCGACCAGGAGACAUUCGAGACUUUCAUUGGCGAUAAAGUCUCGGAAGAUGUUCUUUCUGCGAUCAGAAGUAAUUGCGGAAAUAAUGUCGAGCGAGCCGUGAAUAUGUAUUUUGACGGAACGUACAAAAAAUUUAUAAAGAAAUCAACACGGCCAGCACCGCCAAGAUCAACUGCCAGCUCAAGUCGUGCCCCGAACAUCUCCAGCGAACGAACGCUUCCCAUCCAAACAUCUAAAAUAAUGCCAAACGAACGAUACAUAGGAGCUUUUGGAGUUGAGGGGUGGGCGACACGAAGUGGGACAAAUUUACUUAAACAUGGCGACAUUGUUAAGAUCGAGCGACAAAAGCGAGCACCUCCACCUACAAAAUCCAAAGGGAAAGCUGGGCCCGUCACUCCUUCGAGGGGUUUUGGAGCUCCGAGGCGACAGGAUGUAGUUGUGCGCUUUACUACUCAAAGUGGCACCGAAGUCGGGCGGCUGGCAAGAGAGGCAGCGAACUGGGUCUCAGCUUUGAUUGACGAGAAAAUAUGCAGAUUUGAGGGGACUGUCGUAUAUGCUCCCGAACGACUUCGAACAAACGAUACGAUAUUCCUUCAGUUGCGCUGUUCAUUGCUCAACUCUGCUUUCUUCAGCCGAUCGUUUCAGCUCGCUGACGAUCGGUCGGCUGCCUUCUUUAACCAAAACGAGACAAAUGAUGAGAAAACACUUAGGAUGCGACAAGUGGCCUUGGUUAAUUUAUUCCAGGAGAUUAACCUUCAUCCUACCCUGACAAAUUCUGCAACAAAAGAUGGCCGCAAGGGGCUGCUCCAGGCUGCUGAGCAAGACGAGGAGAAACAAAAGGAAGUCAAGAAGUCAGACGGAAACGGAACCAACAACACCAAGGAAGCGAACUCGUCUCAAUCCUCCGAUACAGAAGAUGGAGAGGAGUUGGAACAGGAUCAGCUCGAUGCGCUUUACAAAAAGGCUCAAUCGUUCGACUUCAACACCCCAGAAGCGGAGCCAGCAGAUACCUUUGCCAUGACACUUCGUAAAUAUCAGAAGCAGGCGUUACAUUGGAUGAUGGCCAAAGAAAAGGACGAAAAGAGUCACCGAGAGCCAUCAAUGCACCCGCUUUGGGAACAGUACGAGUGGCCAUUGAAGGAUGUUGACGAGAAUGACUUGCCACAAAUUGAGGGGCAGUCCAAGUUUUACGUCAACCCCUACUCUGGCGACCUGUCGCUUGACUUCCCAGUACAAGAACAGCACUGUCUCGGCGGUAUACUUGCCGACGAAAUGGGUCUCGGUAAAACAAUUCAGAUGCUGAGCUUGGUUCAUACGCAUAGAUCCGAAGUCGCUCUUGAAGCUCGCCAAUCAGUUGUCGCACGCUCAAACGUGAAUCAACUUACAAGACUAGGCAAGAACUCAGAGUCGGUUCUUGAUGCGCCGUGUACAACAUUGGUGGUCGCACCCAUGUCGUUGUUGUCCCAAUGGCAAAGCGAAGCCGAAAAGGCUUCCAAGGAUGGAACGAUGAAAACUGAGUUAUACUACGGCAACGAAAAGUCUAGCAAUCUGCAAGCACUCUGCUGUGCAUCUAACGCGGCCAAUGCUCCGGACCUAGUCAUCACCAGUUACGGUGUUGUUCUGUCCGAGUUCAGUAGCUUGGCUGCUAGGAACGGGGACAAGAGUUUUCACAACGGACUCUUCUCACUAAGGUUCUUUCGCAUCAUUAUCGACGAAGCACAUCACAUCAAGAACAGGUCAUCCAAGACAGCAAAAGCGUGCUAUGAGAUCUCGGCCACCCAUCGAUGGGCUCUGACUGGAACUCCUAUCGUAAACAAGUUGGAAGACCUGUUUAGUCUUGUCAGGUUCUUAGGUGUGGAACCUUGGAACAACUUUUCGUUCUGGCGAACCUUCAUUACAGUGCCUUUUGAAUCUGGAGACUUCAUGCGAGCCUUGGAUGUCGUGCAAACGGUUUUAGAGCCUCUUGUGCUCCGACGUACAAAGGGCAUGAAAACGCCUGAUGGCGAGCCGCUUGUGCUCCUACCACCAAAACAAAUUGAGAUUGUUAACGUGGAACUCUCGGAGACGGAACGAGACGUCUAUAAUUACAUCUUCAACAAGGCGAAACGAACAUUCUCUCAGAACGUCGAGGCAGGGACUGUGAUGAAGGCCUUCACUACCAUCUUUGCCCAAAUUCUGCGUCUUCGACAGUCAUGCUGCCAUCCUAUCCUUGUCCGCAACCGUGACAUUGUGGCAGAUGAAGUAGAAGCCGGAGCGGCUGCCGAUGCAGCGGCGGGACUUGCAGAUGACAUGGACCUUGAGUCGCUCAUCACUUCGUUCACAGCAGUAACAGACAAAGCUUCAAAAGAGUCCAACCAGACCUUUGGAGCUCAUGCACUGGAGCAAAUUCGUGAUGAGGCCGAGAAUGAAUGUCCCUUGUGUUUCGAGGAGCCCAUGAACGACCAGACCGUGACUGGCUGUUGGCAUUCGGCGUGCAAGAAGUGCUUGCUUGAUUACAUCAAGCACCAAACUGAUAAGGCAGAAGUGCCCCGAUGCUUCAGCUGUCGCGAACCCAUAAACAAACGAGACCUGUUUGAGGUUGUCCGCCACGACGACGAUUAUGAUAUGUUGUCUAAGAAACCCAAGAUCAGCCUACAGCGAGUCGGCGUCAAUGCUUCUUCUGCAAAGGUGGUUGCGCUAAUGUCUGAACUGCGAGCUCUAAGACGGGAGCACCCCAAGAUGAAGUCUGUGGUAUUCUCUCAGUUCACAUCUUUCCUCAGUCUUAUCGAGCCUGCGCUCACACGUGCAAACAUCAAGUUUCUUCGGCUAGAUGGAUCCAUGGCCCAAAAAGCUCGAGCCGCUGUACUUAACGAGUUCACUGAAAAGAAAGGGUUCACGAUACUUUUGCUCAGCUUACGUGCUGGUGGUGUCGGGCUGAACUUGACGAGCGCUGGACGAGUGUUUAUGAUGGAUCCCUGGUGGAGCUUCGCCGUCGAGGCUCAAGCCAUAGAUCGAGUGCACAGAAUGGGCCAAGAGGCGGAAGUACAGGUAAAGAGAUUUGUGGUUAAGGAAAGUGUAGAGGAGCGGAUGUUGAAGGUCCAAGAGCGAAAGAAGUUCAUUGCCACUUCUUUGGGUAUGAUGAAUGAUGAAGAGAAGAAGCUCCAGCGUAUCGAAGACAUCAAGGAGCUGCUGAGCUGA